UUUCCUUGAGCCGUUUUAUCAAGAUGAGUCUUCUUCAGAUCCACCAAGUGCCAGUGACACCCAACAAGUGCCAAUCGAGAGUGCCAACGUAUUAAUCAGCUUCACUUUGUGUUAAUACUCUCUCUCCAUGUGAUUUCGAGUGCCACUUCAAUAUAUGUUGUUCCCCCUCAGUGCCAAAGUGUCACAGUGUUAUAUGAGACAGUGCCAUAGUCCAUCACUGUACCAUACUGAGAUAGUGCCAUAGUUCACCAUAACACCAUGAUUUAACAGUGACAAAUACUGCGAUAGAGCCAUAGUCCACCACAAUGUCAUAAUAGCACAGUACUAGCAAUGCCAUACUCCAAUAGUGCCAUGACAUAGUGUCAAAGCAUCGUAUCACCAUUAGUGUCAUACUGCGAUAGUGCCACAGCAUGGUAGAACACUCGUGCAGCAGCGUCAGAGCAUAAUAGUGUCACAGUCUCAUAGUGCCACAGUGCCAAAACCAGUGACGAUGGUUAUUAAAGAUUUCGAUAGCGUAUUUGUUCAUAUUGGCGGGUUUGGGAAAUAUCAAAUGCUCCUUUUCUGCGCCAACUGCUUCAUGUGCGCCGUCGUCUCCUUCGUGUACUUCGGGCAGUUCUUCAUGACCCUGACCCCGCCUCACUGGUGCGCGCCCCCGCCUGACCUCGCCCGGCUCAACCUGACCUCGGAGCAGGUCAAGAGACUCACCAUUCCGACGGAUCCGCACUCGGGGAAGUUCCUGGAGUGCGUCAGGUACCAGGUGGAUUUCGGCCAGGUGGUAGAAAACCAGACCAGCUGGCCCGACCCCAGCUGGCCGACGAUCAGCUGUACCCACGGCUGGGUGUAUGAUUUUUCUCUUUUCUAUCCAACCAUCACAUCUCAGCUGGACUGGGUGUGCGCCGAGGACUGGAAGCCGACGCUGGCGCAGUCGCUGUUCUUCGUGGGGUCCCUCGUGGGGUCGCCGGUGCUGGGCUGGGCGGCGGACGCGUGGGGUCGCCUGCCGGUCAUCGUGGCCACCAACGUGGUGGGCGGGCUGGGGGGCGUGGCCUCCGCCUUUUGCUCCUCCUUCGCCUCCUUCGCCGUCUUCAGGUUCAUCGUCGGGGUCACUUUCGACACGCAUUACAACGCCGUCUAUAUCCUGAUCAUGGAAUACGUGUCGAGUGAGUACCGAUCUAUCAUGGGCAACGUACCCAUCCUCACCUUCCUCACCGCCUCCAUGUGUGGGCUGCCGUGGCUGGCGUGGGCGCUGAAGGAGUGGUCGCUCUUCGCGGUGGUCAUUCACGCGCCGCAGAUCCUGUGCGUCGCGUUCUACUGGCUUCUCCCCGAAUCCGCCCGCUGGCUUCUGGGCCAAGGACGCGUAAAGGACACCCUACACAUCCUUAGAACGGCUGCCAGGAUUAACGGCAAAUCCCUUUCUCCUGAUACACUGCAGGAGCUCCAGGAUUUCGGUUUGAAGAAAGCGGCGGAGAAAAGACCUAAGGUGACCGUCUUAGAUCUCUUCAAGACGCCGGUGUUAAGAUCACGUUUUCUUCUUCUCUGUCUCAUGUCAAUCACCGUCAGCAUCGCCUACGACGCCCAUAUGCGCAACACGGUCAACAUCGGCCCCAACGUCUUCGUCACCUUCACCAUCGCAGGCUUCGUCGAGCUGCCUGCUGACUUGCUGACGAUCCUGCUGAUGGAGAAGCUCGGGCGGCGCCACACCCUCGUCGGGACGGUGGUGGUGGGCGGACUCUCGUGCCUGGCGGUGGCAGCUGUACCUGCGGACGCCCAAACCACCAUCAUGGUACUAGCAAUGGCAGGCAGAUUUCUCAUCACCAUGUCAGGCAACGUCUCAUUGCUAAGUGUCGAAGUGUUGCCCACCGUUGCAAGGGCACAGGGCAUGGCUUUCAUCCACACUAUGGGCUUCGUCGCCGCUUUCCUGUCGCCGUAUAUUGUCUAUUUGUCCAAAUUCGGCCACUUCCUCCCGUACGCCAUCUUGGGCGUGGUGACCGUCGCGGGCGGCCUCGUGUGCGUCCUCCUGCCGGAGACGCUCGACCAGAAGCUGCCGGACACCCUCGAGGACGGUGAGGAGUUCUUCGCGGGGCAGGGAUGCUGCUUCAACCCCUGCGCCAGAUACAAAACUCAAGUACCAACUUCAGACGACUUUGCAACACAGAGUGACGAACAGACUGAGAUGCCCUUAAGAGUCUGUCGUAGCUCAGAGUGAUGGCGUUUUUUUAAAAGACAUAGUUGGAUGUCUUCGAAGAGUUCUAAUAAAAGAAUAUAAUUAUUAGUAUAGUGUUUUUUAUGUGUUUGUCUGUCGUUUAGGUGUGGUUAUCGAGUAGGUUGCUUUGACUAGCGUUUUAUUUUGUGUUUUGGAGAUUUUAUUUUAGAAAUAUAUGUAUAUAUUUUCUAUCAAUAUCUAAGCGAAAUUUCGAUUAGAUAUAUAAACAGAUUAGAAAAGAAAAAAGAAGAAAAAAUAUUGAAGAAAUCUGUAAGUGGACCAUGUAGCAGAAUAUUUCCAACUUUUUGCGUCUACGAGAAAGUUCAGCAUUUUUUCCUUUAAAUUUCCAUUUAAAGGAAAAAAUAAAUACACGAAAAUAAAUACACGAAAACCUGCAGUACAAACCAUUCUAUGCUUAUCAAGACUGAUAUUCAACAGGAAAAAAAUAUCAAUCACAAUUUACAGUAAUUUAAAAUGUAUUUUUGGCACUAUCUUUCAGACACAGUCAUUAAGCGCUGUGACAUGAUUGUAUAUUUUUUAAACAAAAUUAUACGUUUUUAAAUACUAGGGAUUAAGUCCAUGAUCAUGAAACAACAGCUCAGGGUAAUAUGUUUUAUUAAUUUGUAAAAAAGAAUACAUAAAUGCAUUUUGUUUCUUAUUCCUAGCUAUAUAAAUUUAUUUGUUAAUAUAUCACAGAGUAGAGACCAGUUAAAUUGCCUUUUCUCUCUCUCUCUCUCCGAAUCUAAUCUCUCUCUCUCUCUCUCU